AUGAAAGUACCUCUUUCAUCAGAUGGUGAGAUGAAAGUAACUCUUUCAUCAGAUGGUGAGAUGAAAGUAACUCUUUCAUCAGAUGGUGAGAUGAAAGCAACUCUUUCAUCGGAUGGUGAGAUGAAAGUACCUCUUUUAUCAGAUGGUGAGAUCAAAGUAACUCUUUCAUCAGAUGGUGAGAUGAAAGUAACUCUUUCAUCAGAUGGUGAGAUGAAAGCAACUCUUUCAUCAGAUGGUGAGAUGAAAGUACCUCUUUUAUCAGAUGGUGAGAUCGAAGUAACUCUUUCAUCAGAUGGUGAGAUGAAAGCAACUCUUUCAUCAGAUGGUGAGAUGAAAGUACCUCUUUCAUCAGAUGGUGAGAUGAAAGUAAUUCUUUCAUCAGAUGGUGAGAUGAAAGUACCUCUUUCAUUAGAUGAUGGUGAGAUGAAAGCAACUCUUUCAUCAGAUGGUGAGAUGAAAGCAACUCUUUCUUCAGAUGGUGAGAUGAAAGUACCUCUUUCAUCAGAUGGUGAGAUGAAAGCAACUCUUUCAUCAGAUGGUGAGAUGAAAGUAACUCUUUUAUCAGAUGGUGAGAUGAAAGUACCUCUUUCAUCAGAUGGUGAGAUCAAAGUAACUCUUUCAUCAGAUGGUGAGAUGAAAGCAACUCUUUCAUCAGAUGGUGAGAUGAAAGUACCUCUUUCAUCAGAUGGUGAUAUGAAAGUAAUUCUUUCAUCAGAUGGUGAGAUGAAAGUACCUCUUUCAUCAGAUGGUGAGAUGAAAGCAACUCUUUCAUCAGAUGGUGAGAUGAAAGCAACUCUUUCUUCGGAUGGUGAGAUGAAAGUAACUCUUUCAUCAGAUGGUGAGAUGAAAGCAACUCUUUCAUCAGAUGGUGAGAUGAAAAUAACUCUUUCAUCAGAUGGUGAGAUGAAAGUACCUCUUUCAUCAGAUGGUGAGAUGAAAGUACCUCUUUCAUCAGAUGGUGAGAUGAAAGUAACUCUUUCAUCAGAUGGUGAGAUGAAAGUACCUCUUUCCUCAGAUGAUGGUGAGAUCAAAGUAACUCUUUCAUCAGAUGGUGAGAUGAAAGCAACUCUUUCAUCAGAUGGUGAGAUGAAAGUACCUCUUUCAUCAGAUGGUGAGAUCAAAGUACCUCUUUCAUCAGAUGGUGAGAUGAAAGCAACUCUUUCAUCAGAUGGUGAGAUGAAAGUAACUCUUUUAUCAGAUGGUGAGAUGAAAGUACCUCUUUCAUCAGAUGGUGAGAUGAAAGCAACUCUUUCAUCAGAUGGUGAGAUGAAAGUAACUCUUUUAUCAGAUGGUGAGAUGAAAGUACCUCUUUCAUCAGAUGGUGAGAUCAAAGUAACUCUUUCAUCAGAUGGUGAGAUGAAAGCAACUCUUUCAUCAGAUGGUGAGAUGAAAGUACCUCUUUCAUCAGAUGGUGAGAUCAAAGUACCUCUUUCAUCAGAUGGUGAGAUGAAAGCAACUCUUUCAUCAGAUGGUGAGAUGAAAGUAACUCUUUUAUCAGAUGGUGAGAUGAAAGUACCUCUUUCAUCAGAUGGUGAGAUCAAAGUAACUCUUUCAUCAGAUGGUGAGAUGAAAGCAACUCUUUCAUCAGAUGGUGAGAUGAAAGUACCUCUUUCAUCAGAUGGUGAUAUGAAAGUAAUUCUUUCAUCAGAUGGUGAGAUGAAAGUACCUCUUUCAUCAGAUGGUGAUAUAAAAGUAAUUCUUUCAUCAGAUGGUGAGAUGAAAGUACCUCUUUCAUCAGAUGGUGAGAUGAAAGCAACUCUUUCAUCAGAUGGUGAGAUGAAAGUACCUCUUUCAUCAGAUGGUGAGAUGAAAGUAACUCUUUCAUCAGAUGGUGAGAUGAAAGUAACUCUUUCAUCAGAUGAUGGUGAGAUGAAAGCAACUCUUUCAUCAGAUGGUGAGAUGAAAGUACCUCUUUCAUCAGAUGGUGAGAUGAAAGUACCUCUUUCAUCAGAUGGUGAGAUGAAAGCAACUCUUUCAUCAGAUGGUGAGAUGAAAGCAACUCUUUCUUCGAAUGGUGAGAUGAAAGUAACUCUUUCAUCAGAUGGUGAGAUGAAAGCAACUCUUUCAUCAGAUGGUGAGAUGAAAGUAACUCUUUCAUCAGAUGGUGAGAUGAAAGUACCUCUUUUAUCAGAUGGUGAGAUCAAAGUAACUCUUUCAUCAGAUGGUGAGAUGAAAGUACCUCUUUUAUCAGAUGGUGAGAUCAAAGUAACUCUUUCAUCAGAUGGUGAGAUGAAAGCAACUCUUUCAUCAGAUGGUGAGAUGAAAGUACCUCUUUCAUCAGAUGGUGAUAUGAAAGUAAUUCUUUCAUCAGAUGGUGAGAUGAAAGUACCUCUUUCAUCAGAUGGUGAGAUGAAAGCAACUCUUUCAUCAGAUGGUGAGAUGAAAGUACCUCUUUCAUCAGAUGGUGAGAUGAAAGUAACUCUUUCAUCAGAUGGUGAGAUGAAAGUAACUCUUUCAUCAGAUGGUGAGAUGAAAGUACCUCUUUCAUCAGAUGGUGAGAUCAAAGUAACUCUUUCAUAA